AUGCUGAUUGAAUUGCUUGCUGUAGCAGGCUCGGUUGUGGGUUUUGUGGCGGUCACGCUCUCCAUUGCGUCCGGUCUUUAUUAUUUGUCUGAGUUGGUAGAGGAAAACACCGAAUUGACCAAAAGGCUUUUAGGUAGACUCAUAAAGAGCACUGCAGCAUAUUUGACUCUUCUUUGGUUCUUUGAUGACUUUCCCCUCAAAUUGACUAUAUUCUCACUAUUUUCAUAUUUCAUUUAUUAUCAGAAUUUGAAGAAAUUUCCAAAUAUCGACCUGACAGGAUCAAUCUUCCUUGCUACAUGUAUACUGGCGCUUUUAAAUCACUUCCUAUGGUUCAAGCAUUUCAACAAUCCUUAUGUCCCCACGAUUGACGAAAGACUCAAUCCCGACUUCAAAUUGCCCCACUAUCCAUCAUUUACAGAAAUUGCAUCCUUUUUUGGAUUAUGCAUAUGGUUAAUACCCUUUGGAUUUUUUAUCUCAUUGAGCGCAAAUGAAAACACGUUGCCUAUGAGCCUCUCCGAAGUGGAACCAUUGCAAUCGCAGAACAAUGGAGAAAAUGUUAAAAGAUCAAUCACUUUAAUCAAGUAUUUGCUCCAAAUAUUGACAGGUAAGGCAAAGCAACUUUUGAAUGCUUUUAGCUUGAGAACAUCCGGGGGAAACAGCUCUUCGCGUAACCCUAACGAGCUCUACAUAUGA